AUGGCGCUGAGCGUUCCUGCCGGUGUCGCAGAAGAAGUCGCCGCUGGUCUCCGUCGCUUUCGCGACCCGCUCCCAGAACAUAGUACCGAGAUCACCGGUCUGAUCGCCGACCUCUUCACGAUCAGUACAUCUCUCAAGACGCUAGAGGACCUGUCACUACACCACCAUUACGGAGCCAUCUUCAACGUCGCGCGCUCAGAUGUGGACCUCGUCAGUGCAAGUUUGCAGUAUACAUUGGAUGAUAUAGUCGAUUUCUUUGGCGACAUUGACAGCCGACGAGGCUCGACCAAUCGCAAUGCAUAUAAGCGGACUUGGGUCGCCAUGUCCAGGUUCUUCCAGGAAGAGUCGGGUUAUAGUUUACCUCGCCGGUUGGCUAAUUACAAAUCGUUCUUGAAAGAAUUGGAGGACUUGAUCUCUGAAGCUGGCCCUGACUACUUGUUCAUGUCUCGGCUCCGCGAAGAAUUCCAAGAAUUAUUGGUAAAGCAGGAUGGCCGUCUUACGAGACGUAUAGGCGCAAUGUCCGUGAGCUCUUCAUCCUCGAGUAGCAAUGGCACCACGCCCAACAGUCCAAUGGGUGAUCGCAAGCCUCGUACCCGCAGGUCCUACGAGCGAGCUCGGCCAGCGCAUCUAUCCCCGACGCCUAUGCCUGCUUCACCCUCUUUUGGGUCUUUUGAUAUAAGGCCUCCACGAGUUCCAGCCGUUCCCGGGUCACCUGUGACUAGCUCAGCGGCCAGCCAUUCAUUGGGGUCUGGUGUAAUGAGCGAGCACUGGGCGUCACAGGUAUUCUUCCAACCCCGUUCGGAGACGCGGCUUCCGAGCAAGGGUGAUAAGUGCAUGUGCUACGGGAACCCGCAGCCGGAGUUGUUUGAAUGGCUCGAGACUGAAAGUUUUGGGAAGACUCUAGAACUGGCUUUCGGCACCUUCCGCGUGCUUUUUUUCGUUCGAGAAGAUGAUCACCGCGCUCGCAUCGUGCUCGGCUCGUCUGGGGAAUAUUACUGCCUUCCGUUGAACCUACUGGAAAUUAACCGUUACGGUACAUCGUGCCUGAACUUAUGUCGACGCCGUAAAGGCGGGUCUGAGCUGGUAGUUUGGGCGAAUCUCAAAUUCAGCACAAUCGAAAUUAUGGUGCUCUUCUUUUGCACGUUUCUAGCGCUCCGUUCUCAAGACGGCGGCCGACCUGUGUCGAAGAUCCGUGAUUACGAGCUCAUCCAGGAAGAGGAGCUUUUUGCGUCACCAAUUUAUGACGAUGACUUCGAACAUGCCUUGCGCGUGUAUCGGGAUAAAGUCACCGGCGCAGUCAGGCUUCAAGCCUCAGUCCACAAAGGCGAAAUGAAGAGGUCCCCUGUAUGGACAGCGUUCAUUACAGAUCUUGUUCGCACCCCUCGAUGGCUCCGCAUAGUCGAUCGCGAGCCAAAACUCAUCGUACUCAGGGAACUCCCUCUGAACAUCUUUACAUUCUCGGAUUAUAACCCUCCAAAGACACAGAAGGGAGGGCACUUGCUGAAAUUUCAGCAUCGUGAAGACGCUGAAGGCUUCUUAAACGUCAUGGCGGAGCUCGCCAACUAG